AUGCCUACGACCAACGAGGAGAAGCCGGCCGUUUGGAAGGUGGCCCUGGUGGUAGGGUUUUACAUGGCAGUGGCGCUGACCAUGGUUAUCGUUAACAAAUGGGUCCUCAUCACCUCGGACCUGCCCCUCAUCUUCCUGUUCCUCCAAUUGGCCAUCGCUGUCGGAUGCCUGGAAGCGUGGUCGGCCACGUCGCGGACGGCAUGGACGGCGCCCCGGUGGUCGCGAAGCAUGGUGCUCAAGAUGGUGCCCGUGGCCUCGGUCAACAUUGUGGGCCUCAUCUUCAACCUGUACUGCCUCAAACUCGUCGACGCAUCCUACUUCCAGGUCGCGCGCGGCCUCGUCCUGCCCAUGACGAUUGCACUGCAGGCCGGCGCGUCGCGCGAGCGGCCCGGUGUGCCGACCCUCGUGGCGUGCGGGCUCGUCACGUACGGGUUCAUCUAUGGGUUUUUGCCCUACCCGUUCGGGGCGGGGUCCAACCCGCUCCCCGAGGCGCCGACGUUUGGUAUGGUCCUCGGCGUGCUCAGUGCGGCCAUGAUCGCCGUCCACGCCGUGCUCAUCAAGUCGGCCCUGCGGCACGUGGACGGCUCGGCGCUCGACCUGGCAUACUGGACCAACGUGCUCAGCGGCAUCGCCGUCGUCCCCGUCAUCAUUGUCGCCAACGAGCUCCCGGGCUUGUACAGGCUGGUGAAUGGCGAAGAGGGCGACUUGCGCGCGUUUGCAGUCGGCAGCCUCGUUACCGGCCUGGUCGGCUUCCUCAUCUGCAUCGGCGGACUGCUAAGCAUCAAGAUCACGUCGCCCGUGACGCACAUGUUCUCCUCGGCCGCCCGCUCGGUCCUGCAGACCAUCCUCGGCGUGCACCUGUUCGGCGACAUCAUCAACACGUCCCGCGCCACCUCCAUCGCCCUCAUCGUCGUCGGUACGCUCGUGUACACAUACUACAAGAGCAAAGGGUUCGUCGCUGCGGCCGUGGCCGAGCGCCGACACGAGGAGACUCGCCCGUUGCCCGUCAUCCGGGAGAAGGACGAGUUUGACCCCGAGGCCGCACCCAAGGAGGAGGUGUGA